GCAAGCAGAACUGUUAAAAAAGCACAAAAAUUUUAUUUAUUUUUUCUCUUUUCAUUUCAUUAUUGAAUUUGUAUAAAUAAUAUAAACGAGAUCAAAGCACCAGUACUGCUUAAUUUUUAUUUUGACAUAUAUGGCUGGAAAAAGAGAUAAAGACAGAAGAUUAUCUAAAAGAUCUUUAUUUGGAACGCAAGCGUUUAUCAACAUACAUCGUCAAAAACGUUUUUCUUUAUCUCAAAGAAACAUAGAAACUGUAGAAUCUAGAGGUCAAUCUGGCGGCAGUAAUACAUAUUCAAUUUCGAACUCUGAUACUGACGAUGAUCAAAUUAUAAAAUCAGUUUGUAAAAUGAAGCCAUUGUCCAUUAAGUCACUUUUUUCAUUUAUUUCCGAAGCUAAUAAAUAUAUUUGUUUGAUGUGUCCAGAAAAUGGAAAACUUAUAUGUGGGCCUGAGCCAAAUCUGCGAAAACAUAUAUUUCAUAUUCAUAAAAAACCGGAGUACCUUUACAAUUCUCAAAAAAAAAAUUGCUCAAGAUCAAUUCCUCGAAACGCAGAACAGAGGUGAAAUAGAUGAAGCCAUAAUAAAUUGUAUUAUUCAAGAUAGCCGCCCUUUCAACGAUUUUCAUAAACCUGGUAUGCAACUUCUUCUAAACAUUCUUGCUCCGCAUUACAAGCCGCCUCAUAGAAAGACAAUAGCUAAUCAAUUAAGAAAACGUUAUUAUCAAUACAAGAACGAUCUUAAAGCUAAGCUUAAAUUAGUUGCCUACAUAGCACUAGCAACAGAUUUGUGGAAAAAUCGAGUUGGAUCGUAUUGGCUUUGCAUAACAACGCAUUACUUAACAAAAAAAUUUAAAUACAAAUCAAAAAUAGUUUGUUUUCGUAGGUUUUAUGGAAGGCAAUUAAGUAAUAGACUUACAGCAUUUGUACAAAAAGAAAUUAAUAAACUUGAAAUUGAAUCUAAAAUUAUUUCAAUUACAACUGACAACGCU